GGACUCUUCACUGAGCCACCCCCUCCUCCCCCGCAGCUCCAGGGACCAUCCCCGAAAAAGCGGAAAAUGUCCUCUUCUGCCUCAGAAGGAAACUCAUCAGGCGCUUUCUCCGAACCAUCGAGGACCGAAAUAAAACGAUGGUACAAGUGGCUUUGCUUUGCCUGCGAAUGCUCUGUUUCUCCUGAUGCUGUCCAUGUCAUUCAGACUCACGACACAGCAACAGCUCUUCUUACUGAACGAAAACUCAUUGAUUUCAACCUCAAAGGGAUCCAGAACGGCGUGACUUUGUGCCCGAACUGCCACCGAAUGUUUGACUGUGAUAUUGACCCCGGAUUUGUUUUCUUCCCAUCGAACCUGGAGUUUUUCAUUCAAAAAGAGCUAGAGUAUCGCCAGAGAUGGCAGUCCCCGCACACUUCCGGACGAGUUCCAUCGGCAGCAGAAUACUGCCAGCACCAAAUUCGGAACGGCACCAUCCCCCCUGGAUCGCAGGCAGGUCUGUACAAACGAGUUUUUCUACGGAAUUAUUUGUCACCGGCCGUAUCUAGCUCCGCAAAUGAAAUGUUUAGUCAACCGGUUCCCUGGUAUGGGGCUCCUUUCGGGGCUUUGAGACGUGCUUUGCACAUCCUUGGCAGCCCACGAAUUGCUGUGAUCUCCCCGGAUAUUCGAAACCAGUUGAAUCGUCUAAGGGAUCUAUACUAUACCUUUGACUUAAUCACCGAGCGGCUCCUAGUUAGUGCUCAGGUUAAUGACCCUGAGUAUGGACCAGGACCACGAUCAUAUCCAGAUCAAUCGGAGACGGACCCAUCCCUCACCAGGAAUAUUGACCCCGGAAAUAGCACAAUAUCACCAGAUCAAUGCAGUAAGCCCCAGCCUCCAGAUUAUCAAGCACCGUCAAGCGCUCACAAAGGCUUCGAAUGGAUUUUGGGCCCGGAAUCUACCUCGGAGGAUGCCAUGAGACGGUAUGGCCCGGCAAUCCAAUACCCCUCAACUUCUCCCCCAAGAGUGGCUUAG